AUGACGCUAUAUUUUCAAGAUUAUUCGGGUGGGCCUAAUGCCACUGUAGUACAGAUUACGGGUCAACCCGAUGGCCUUCUUAGCUUCACCAAAUUUGGCGCCAUCUUCUGCACCGAUGACCCGAUAACAGAAGAAUUUGAUCCAUCUUCGGCAGAGAUUGCACGGGCCCAAGGUUUAUAUGUGACCUCGGCUUUAGAUGGGACGAAUACACAUGUCCUAAUAUCGAUUGUCUUCACGAAUGAGGAGUACAAAGGUAGCACUCUUGAGAUACAAGGAAGCAGUGCUCAGUUUGAAAGGGUUAGAGAAGUUGCUGUGGUUGGUGGCACCGGAAAAUUCCGUCUCGCGCGCGGUUACGGCAUCAAGAUUUUCUUGCAUUCAGACUAUGUAAUAAGUUCUACUGGUAAGAUAAGAGAAAGAAUUGAUUAA